AUGGGUGGAUAUUCCGGCUUUAACUUGAACGAUGCUCCGAUUCCAGAAUCAGAGAUGGAAGAAGACUCUGGAAGUGAUGGAAAUCAUCACAUAAUCAGUUCCGAUGAUAGUUCUGAUGAUGAUAUAGAAGAAGUUGGGGACAUACUUCAAAGCAACACCGUUUAUUUUGAUUUGAACCAUCCACCACUAGAGACUGCACUCCAUCAAACAGGAAAUCAGCAACAAGCAACACAGAAUCAUCCUAAGCGCCGCAUGCUCAGCAGUCAAAACAAGCUUCACAUUCUCAUAUGGCUCCUAGAUAGGGCAACAAGGGGCAAAAAAGAAUACGGGUCAAUAAUAGCAGCAUCAACUCACUUUGGUGUCACGACAAGGACCAUAUCUAGGAUAUGGAAUACAGCAAGGAGGCAGAAACAAGCAAUGCGAAGGUAUAAUCUUGCAACUCUACAUCACAAUGCUGACAGGAAGAGAAUUCAAUUAGACAUUGAUGAGCUAACCAAACUUGCAAUGGGAGACAAAACAUGUAUAAGGGACUUAGUUCCAAAGCUUGGCAUAACGAGGGGUACAAUUCAUCGAAUGAUUAAAAGGGGAGAUAUCAAGCCACAUACAAAUCCAUUACAUCCUGGAUUGGGGGAUCCAAACAAGAUAGCAAGGAUGACAUACAUUUUGGGUAUGCUAGUGGGGGACACACCAGAAACAAAGACACGGUACAAACCAAUGUAUGACUAUGUUCAUCUAGAUGAGAAAUAG